AUGUCUUCACACGCCUCACCGCCAAGCAAUCUUACCGAGAGCGGCAUCACCAUCCCCUCCGACAGCGAAAAUUACGAUGGAAACAACGAGCACUCUCCCUCACCACCACCAUCCUCCUCGUCCUCGCCGCUCAUUCUGUAUAAGCCGCCAACAAUCUGGGGUUUACUGAGGGGAGCUGCGAUCAAUCUCCUUCUGCCCUUCAUCAACGGGCUAAUGUUGGGCUUUGGAGAAUUGGUCGCGAACGAGGCGGCAUAUAGGCUGGGAUGGUCGGGCACAAAGAUAUUUCCUACGCAUCGCUCUGGUUCGGAUUCGAGACGUGUAGGUCCGGGUGUAGAGAUGCGUGCCGAUCCCGUGGAACGGAGGCGGAGGAAUGGCCAGGAACUGGACAUGUACACUUCCCUCGAGUAA